AUGGCCGUUCAAGCUGCAACGCAAAGAGCUCAAGUUCGUCGAACAGCAGAGUUUCACCCAUCCGUCUGGGGUGACUACUUCAUCAAGCAUGUCUCGGACAGUGAAAUAGUGAGUUUUUGGAGUGAAGAAGCCGAAGUUCUUAAAAAAGAAGUGCGGGAAAUGCUUAGCUCUGCUGCUGAUAAACCUUCAGAGCAACUCAAGUUGAUAGAUGCAAUUCAGCGACUAGGCAUUGCUUACCAUUUUGAAGAAGAAAUAGAAACAGCAUUGAAACAAAUUUAUACUACUUAUCGAAAUCUGAAAGAAGACGACAAUCUUUAUACUGUUGGUCUUCGAUUUCGGCUACUAAGACAAGAGGGUUAUAAUGUUUCAACUGAUGUUUUUAACAAGUUCAAGGAUUCAGAAGCUUCAUAUCUCAGUAUACAAGGAGAAACCAUACUAGAUGAAGCUUGUGAGUUCACUAAAACUCACCUAAUGGCAACCCAAUUGAGUUCUCCUCUUGCUCAUCAAGUUAGUCAUGCCUUAAGGUGGCCUGUGCGUAGGGGCUUACCCAGGAUAGAGGCUUGGCAUUACUUCUCUAUCUACAAGCAAAGCGAGGAACACAGUGAAACUCUGUUAAAGCGGGCAAAACUGGAUUACAAUAUAGUGAAGAAGCGAGUUGAAGCCUACAUAAUUGAAGCAAGAUGGUUCAACAAUGAUUAUGUGCCAACAUUUGAAGAAUAUAUUUCUAAUGCUGUGAUUAGUUCUACUUAUCCCAUGUUGAUAACCUUAUCAUUUUGUGCGAUGGGUGAAGUUGCUUCUUAUCUAAUGCUGUGA